AUGGAACAAGAAGGCGAAUGCAAAUCCCCCCCGAUUUCAUGUUCAGGACCUGUUAAGGGUUUCGGCGUAGGAAAGAACGUGUGGCCGGAAUUAGUUGGAGAGGAUGGGGAAGUAGCAGUAGCAACAAUAAGUCAUCACGUCGUCACCUACGAUUUUGUUGGUGCUCCCCUGGUUGGAAUUCAAGGCCUUGACUCUGUCAUAAAGUCUCCAGAUGCUAAAUCGCUAGUUUCUUCGGGUAAGGAUUUCAAUUGGCUUGCUAACUCAAUUUGUGGUAAUUCAGAUGAGAAGCGUGAAGAUGACAACCAUCAACCAAAGCAAUUCGCAAACUUCUUCAUUAGCAUGCGGUCCUGUUUUCUGACCUUGAGGUUCGACAACAACUACGUGGUUGAGCCAUACAGUCCUCAUCGAUUCGGUCGGCAAUUCGGAUUUCACCAAGAUGUGCCAGGCGAAUUAGUAGUCCAGACACAAAACAUCACCCGAGAGCAUAUGUACUAUCUUUUUCAGUCCAGCAUUCGUCUGCAUACUAGGGCUACUUUUUUGGUCCCUUGCCGCACGUUUAAUGCCCAAUCUCGAGUCACUCCAAGCUUCACAACAUGGUGGAAUUCGGUCGUUUCUUUAAAUGCGGCUUAUGCUUCAAGAACUCCUAGUCUAACAAAUGUCAGGUCUAAGAAGAGAAAGGAGAGAAAGGGCGAUGAUCUUAACACUUCACCAAAAGACAAAGCUGCCAAGACUUCGGCUGCACCUCGCAAAGUUAGAGUCAGAUUGCCUAAAAGUUCCACGAUAUCCUGUCCGCCCAAGGAAACAUCUUCGAAAUGCAGGGACGAGAGUAGAAGACUAGCAAGCAGAGUUGUAAGUAAUGAACCUUCCAAUGACGAAAAUGAACCUUCCGAUGACGAACACGCAGGUGAACCUACAAUUCUGGAUGAUAUUUUCGCUGAAGAUUAUGGCCCUGAGCUAUCGCCUGAAGAGAUAGAGAAUCUUCAAAGCGAUGCGAACAUAGCAGUAGAGCUUACUGCUUGCGAGAAUACAUUUGUCUCCCUUCCUGAACAACAGUUCAUUGAUGAUGUUGUCAUUGAUACUGCGCCAACCACAAGUGUUUCUACUGCUUCGACCGAGUCUCCUUCUUUUAAUGCUCAAGACAUGAUCACUAAGGCGACCAACAGGGCGGACCGAUAUGCUGCAAGCUUGAUGAUUAAUGAAAUAAAGGACAAGUUGAUGAAGACUCCUUUAGCCAAGGUUCAUGAACUAGCGCAGGAGUUUGAACAGGUUUUCUCCUAUGUUCGUGAUAAGAAGAUCGACAUCUCUGCAAUCGAAUCUUUUAUCAAGGGGUAUAUUGGGUGCGGUUCUCAACUCCACCACGUUCGGCUAGGGAAACAGGGAGAUCCCACUCUCAAUGACUUGGAGCAACGAUCUUUGGAGAUAGAGACGAGCGUGCAGACAACUACAAUUGCAGGGAAAGCAGAAGAGGAGCGAAUGCAAGCUCUUCAUAAGGAGAUAGAUCAGAUUCAGCAAGAACAAGCCGAACAUAAAAGGAAGCUCAAUGAUUUAGCAGAACGAGCGGAUAGACUUUUGCCUCUUAUUUCAGAAUCAGAAGAGAAGUUCCAAGGGUACGUCAUACAGAAGAAAGAGCAAGAAAACUCACUCCUCAUCAUGAAGGAGAAUAUUGUUGCUGCGAAAGAGGUGGAGGCAAAGCUAGCGGAAGCUGAGAAACAAUUUGGUGUUGCUCGUGAUGCUUUGCAAGCCUUCAAAUUUGAACCGUAGUUCCGCCUUUCUUGUUACCAUCGUUGCACUUGUUUUCUUUUAAUUCUUUUUUUUUUUUUUUUUUUUUU